AUGGCUAUCAGAGAAGCACUAAUGCCGUUGGGCUUUUGGGAAGACUCAUCUGGACGCUUGUAUAUACUUCCAGCUUCACAGCAGAAAGAUGAGAGCAAACUGGAGAAAGUGCUCAAGGAGGCUGACAGCAUGGUCGAAGGAAUGGGAACUUUCCGCUGUACUUUCUGUGAGACUGAAGUGGAAGAAGAUGAGUCGGCGAUGCCCAAAAAGGAUGCAAGGACACUCGUGGCAAGAUUUAAUGAGCAGAUUGAGCCCAUCUAUGCGCUGCUUCGUGAGACGGAAGACAUUAACUUAGCCUAUGAAAUCCUCGAGCCAGAACCCACAGAGAUUCCUGCCCUGAAGCAGAGCAAGGAGCGUGCAGCUGGUACUGGUUCAGGGACAGCAGCUGGCCUUGCAGGUGGACACCAUCGGGAAGCAUGGACUACAAAAGGACCAUCAUAUGAGGACUUGUACACCCAGAACGUUGUCAUCAGCAUGGAGGACCAGGAGGAUCUUAACCGGUCUGCAAGUGAAGGAAAGCUGGCCAGAGAGAGACCAAUUUGGCUACGGGAGAGCACAGUGCAGGGGGCUUAUGACCCUGAUGAAAUCAAAGAUGGGAGCCGGGACCUGGAUGCCUUCCAGGAGCGUGAGGAGGGCCGGGCAGCUCUGGAUGAUAACGAGGAGGUGAUGCGUGCCCUGCUUAUCCACGAGAAGAAGACACCUUCUGCUUCAACAGUCACAGUUGGAGGUGCCGCUCCUCUCUCCGGUGCCAACGCUAGUGACUCCGAGAGCGAGACAAGCGAGUCGGAGGAGGAAUCCCCUCCCCGCCCUCCCACCACGGCCACCACAACAUACGGGCUGGAGGAUGAGGAGGACGAUGAAGAGUUUGAGGUGGUGGCAGAGGACCCCACCGUCACAGUGGCUGGGCGUCCGCACUCUUACAGCCAAGUGAGCCAGCGCCCUGAGCUGGUGGCCCAGAUGACACCGGAAGAAAAAGAGGUUUACAUAGCCAUGGGGCGACGCAUGUUUGAGGAUAUGUUUGAUUAACUGCUUCCUGCCAUGGCAUUUUUUAAAAAGUGACUUUUUAAGCCAGAGACUCCCUAGUAAAACAGAAGACUGAAGUGCAUCUUUCCUCCCCUGUGCGCAGGGACACUGGGGCUCGGGACUGCUAAUCUCAGGCAUCUUGCCCACCAGAGAGGGGAGCAGGAAGGCUGCAUGUGCCAAAACAGGUAGGGGAGGACGAGUCUCAGAAGUGAGGAUGCUUGCAAGGUAAAGAUCUGCUUCAGGGUGCCCUGCACAGGCACUACUUUAACCCUCUUCAAGGCCCCAGCAGCUGCCCCCCCCCGAUUGCUUUGGGUUGAUUUUUGUUGCAGAUCCUAGUGAAGUCCACAUCCCUGCCCUCAGAGGACGUGAGGGCUCUGUAGUCUGAUGAGAGUGCUCUGCAGAGGAGGGUGUAAGUAAUGUUACAGCUGCCCGUGCUCAGUGAGGGGAGAGGAGAGGGAAGCACUCGUCUGCUGAUGGCAAGCUUGGGCAGGGCUUGUAGCUGACCUCCUGCCUGCAGCCACUGGCCACCGGAGUGGCUAUUUCUAAGCAGGCCUGUAGGCAGCAACCUUUUCUUGCUCCCAUUUGCUCCUUACUAGGUCUCAGCACCUCAAAGUCAGGUGUAACUUGAAACACGCAGAGUGAAAGCCUUGGCAAGCACACAUAGUCACUCUUUGUCAGUGUAACGAAAGCCCUCGUGGAUCUGAGCUGUCAGAUGCUCUGACUUACAAGGAGAUACCUUCAUUUUCCAGUAUUGCUGCCUGUUGCUUCUGCCUAGCCCUGUCCAAACUCCAGUGUUGCAGACGGUUCGUAGUGGGCAGGGCUACAGUCAGGCAGUGCCAGAGAAAUAGCGUAGCUAGUUUUUAUUUGCAGUCACACCAGGGCUGUAUCAUUUUAAAAGGAAUUAUGCAAUUUUGAAUUCUGCUUUGGCACGCUCUUUUACCAUAGAAAAACAUACAUCGGUGCCUACAGAGCAAUAUCAUAUUUUUAAUGUUUUUCUCUUUCAAUUGAAAAUGUUGGUUUUUAAAAUUGUUGUGUUUUCCUAUCCAGUACUACAAUAAAACAAAAUGAUAAAAGAAUUUGGUGUUCCAGAGGGUAGGGGCCGUAUUACGUGCUGUUCCAUUUACAUGGGCAGCAUGAAUUUGCUGUUCACUGAGACUGUAAAUCUGUUUUAUACUAACUAUGCUUUCUGUGUUCUGCUAACCAUGUAAUGCCUCCUUUGUGGUUUUAUUUUCAGCUUCCUGAUAUUUUGAAUCCACUCUUUCUUUAAAUAGUGUUUUAAAUUUGCUUU